AUAUAAAUCGAUGUUUUAAUUUUUAUUUUCUCAUUUAAUCAUAAAAGAGAAAAAUACUUGAGCUGAUAAGUCGCAUAAUUCCACUUCAAUUCCUCUUCAUGACUCGAUUUCUCAACGCCGGAACCCUAGCCGGAGCCUCGACGGCCUCGUCCUGCGGCCUCGUCAGCCGAUCUCGAGCCUCGGUCGUCCUCAACCUCCGCCGCUUCUCCAGCCGUCCCCAGAAGGUGCAGCUUUUUGAACUGGAGGUCGACGCGGAUGGUUCCUCGUCGGAGGUGGAGGUUCUGGGUAUGCGCCGACUCGAGGACGCCAUCCGUGCCAUUAUAGUUCGUAGAUCUGCUCCCGAUUGGCUUCCUUUUGUCCCUGGCUCCUCCUACUGGGUGCCGCCCCGCAGGCGCCACCACGGGCGCCACCGCGGGGUGGUGGAGUUCAUCAGCAGUCUCACCAAUCCAAUGACGGAUGAGGAGAUGAUGUCCUUCACUACCGCUCGUGGCUGGCCCUCUUCUGCCUAUUUUGUUGGAGGGACAUCUCUACAUUCAAGAAAGGAGAGCCAAGAGAGGACCAAUGUCAAAUCAGAUGAUGAAGAAAGCUAACUGUUACCUCCUAACAUUCUUCAUCUGAGGCUCUCUCCCGUUGAUUAGUGUCUAUAUUCCAAUACUGAAUCACUCCAUUUCCGUUGUUGUAAUGCUUAAUGAGAUGGGAGAAGAAGCUCUUUGGUGCCACCCCCACAAUAAAAAUACUCCCAGUGGUAAAAAUAAUGGUAAAAUAUUUCCAAAUGUGAUACGUAAGAUCUUCUGUGCUUACUCCCGGAUGGAACUUUUUCAUAGUCAUAUAAUCAUUUGUUCGAAUCUACUGUACAUUAUCUAUCGUUAUAAAACUACCCAUUUAGGGAUGGUCCAAGAUUGUGAUUAUCAAACUGUGACAUCGAAGUUAGAUCUCAUUGUGGCGUGGUAAAGCAAAUACUUAAUGUGGAUUCGAUCUCACUGCGGCAAUGACUCGUUGAUACUUAAAAUUAAUUUUAAUAGAUCAGCAUGUACUUUCAAAUCGCUGUUUUUUAUUAUUAUCUGUGUUUUUUUUUUUAAAUUGGCAUUAGAUAUUCAAUUUAAUUAAUCGAUUUGGUCUAAUGAAAAAUUCAGUCAAAAAAAAAAUUGUGGCGUCCUUGUUAUUUCCAUUAAUAUAUAAUUGGACGGAUUGACCCAUUUGAAUUAUAGGGGAAGUGAGAUCCGGUCAAACCCAAACCUUGACCGGGUCAGAUCCAUGAUCCAAUGGACCGAUCUAAUUCCAAUUUCGGGAGAAAUAGACGACGAGCAGCUCUCCGAAUCGCCGUUCACCCCAUCAAUUGCUUCGCUUCCUCUCUCUCUCUCUCUCUCUGAUCUCUCCUUCGAAAACCCUAGUCGAUUUGAGGAAGAAGCUCGCGGUCAUGGCCUACGUUGAUCACGCCUUCUCCAUCUCCGACGAGGACAUCUUCAUGGGAGACACCAGCCGUGCCAUCCAGAACCGCCCGCCUGUCAAGGAGAUUGCAUUCGCCGUAUCCCUCCUCGUCUUCGGCUCCGUUUCCAUCGUCGUCGGCUUAAUCAUGGCCGCCAACCGCAUCGGCGGCGAUCGCGCCCACGGGGUUUUCUUUGCGAUACUGGGAUCGGUGCUGUUCCUGCCAGGGUUUUACUACACGAGGAUAGCGUAUUACGCGUACCAGGGUUAUAAAGGCUUCACCUUUGACAACAUUCCUAUAGUCUGACUGUGGUUUUUAAUCUUUCAAUCAUGAGAGUUUCGGCUUUGUAUGACUUCUUCCCUGUAUAUAUUACUUAAUCGAAGCUAUAAUUGGUCAACUUGAUAUGUACAUACUGCAUUAAAUCAAAGCCUUUGAAGUGCUUGUUGAACAAUCCAAAUUAAAAGAAGUAAUUUGUUGUCGUUUGGAUCGUA